UCAAUAUAGAAUUCCAUGAGACACCUAAAACAUCGAAUGUUGGGUAAAUUAGCAAACCAUGGAUAAAUAUGACACGUCACAGUUGACUGAAUUUCCGCGAUUUGAACCAGAAUCAUCACAAAGCGGAGUGUCUACAUUCUUCACCAAAUUGUGGAAGUUUCCUAAGUUUUCUCCAAGCGAAACGUCGGAGAAUUUGCAGGAGAAAGUGGCUAAUGAUGAGAAGCAAGAACCCCCACAGAGGGAAGAUCAAAGUAAGUCGGAAUAUGAUGAUACAAAGACUGAAACUGGUAGUUAUGCUGUGGAAUUUGAAGGACGUAGUUUGCCAAAUGUUUUGAGAAGAAUCAGCAGCCUUAUUGCUAUGGGUUCUGGGGGUGGAACAAGAUAUGCAGACACAGAGCUAGCCCGCUACUGGAUGCCAGACGACAUAUCCCGGGAAUGCUAUGAGUGCGCAGCCAGGUUCAGCACUCUGCGACGUCGCCACCACUGCAGGGUCUGCGGGCAGAUCUUCUGCUCCAGAUGCUGUAGUCAAAGGGUGCCAGGUCAGAUAUUCGGCUGUGCUGAUGGUCUUCGCGUAUGUAACUACUGCUGCAACAUAGUCCUCAGUUACCUGAGGGAGAACGAUAUGACCGGAGAGAUAUCCCCUGAUCUAAGAGUGCUACAGGAGAAUUUACAGGUCAAGUUCCCUGAUAACAAAUCACAGUCCAGCGCUGGCAGGACCAGAGACAAUUUCAUGUUUGCCCGCGAACAGGAUGAGCGGUGUGAGCCUCGCGCCGCUUCUAAGGAGACCAUACAAGAUGUCUACCGUCAGCUCUCAUUCACUCUGCCAACACAGCAACACAGGUAUCGCCUCGUGCGAUACAACGGCGUAUGGCGCGGCUGUGACAUUCUACAGUGGGUUAUGGACAACACCAACAAUAAAAUGAGGGUUCAAGCUACGCAAGUGUGCCAGAACCUCCUGAGCUCUGGUUUUAUAGAGUGCGUAUCUGAACUACCCUCCUUCGCGGACUACGCACUGUACCGGCCGACUGUGCUGCCGCCUAACGUGAACCAGGAGCAACACUCACCUGAAGAAUGCAACAGACUGGUUGAGAGCGUGUCGUCCUAUUGCCUGGAUUUGAAUCUAGACAACAACUCGGCUAGACUGAUAAAGGCUCCCAAAACGGAAGUCAAAACAUCACCGACUAGCGAAGAAGAGAAUCCAGUUCCUUUACCGAAUAAUGAAGGUCAAUCGCCAGAGACCAGUAAGAUUGACAAGGCCAUAUGGGAGUGCGGGUGGGCCCACCUGAAGCUGCUGACUCGGCAGUGCAUCGCGCGACAGGGACUGCCCGCCUCGUGGCUGCCCGUGCUCUAUCCGCUGUGCCAGCAGGCGGCCGACAUCAUCAUGCCAGACCUCCACAGCAGCGAAAUGGACAUACGCCACUACGUGCAAGUGAAGAAAGUGUGUGACGGUGUACCGAAAGAUACCGCCCUCGUGCGCGGACUCGUUCUCACAAAAAAUGUGGCGCACAGGGGCAUGCCCCAGGACAUAUCUGACCCCACAGUCUUGUUGCUGGACUGCUCAAUUGCCUACCAGCGGGUGGAGGGAAAAUUGACCUCUUUGGAGCCAGUUUUGUUGCAAGAACAGCAAUACUUAGUGCGUUGCGCGGCACGCAUCUGCGCCCUUCGCCCCGACGUGGUGCUGGUGGGGGGCAGCGUGGGGCGCGGAGUUCAGGACGCCCUACGCACGGCGGGGGUCGCCCUGGCCACCGGAGUGCCCCAGAGAGCCCUACGAAGGGCCGCCAGGUGCACCAGAGCCGAUUUGGUGACUUCGAUCGAUGCGAGAAUCGGAACGCCUAAGUUGGGGACUGCGACGAGAUUUUACGUCAAGAAUUAUUCAAGCAAAACACUAAUGGUGCUAGAGGAUUGCGCGGAGCCGCAUCUCGGCUGUUGCAUCAUCCUCCGCGGCGCUUCCCUCGCAGAGCUGACCCGGGUGAAGAAAGUGGUCAAAUUCAUACUCCUAGCCUUUUAUAACUGGAAACUCGAGAGAGCUUUCUUCGGGGACAUCGGGGCCACUUUACCCGAACCGGGAAUGACUUUCGACGAUGACGAAAACGAAACUGAUAAAUCGUCGAAAAUAAAUGACGCAAAUGAUAUUUUCGACGGUGAUAAUGACGUGGAUGAAACUAAAGAUUCUAGUAAUGACAAAAUUGAUGUUUUGAGUAGUGUGGACGAUGAUGACGCGAAGAUGUUCGAGGGAAGCGAUGAUCCGCUGAUGAAGAAGUCGUAUACGCGUAAGACUGAUAGUGAGAAGAACUUUAAUGGAGUGCCUAUUCAGGACUUCAGCGAUCCACUACAUUCUACAAUGUCGAUAGAUGAUGAUGUGUUCUUGGCGAAGGAAGAAGUGACUCUGAAGGCUGAUGAUACAAUUGAUAGGUGGUCGACAGACGACGUGGUGCUAUCGAUGUCUCCCAACGUGAUGAUCCCGGCGCCGUUCCUGGAGACGGAGGCGGGCAAGCGGAGCCCGCUGCGCGCGUUCCUGCCGCGGGCUCCCGCCAUACCCCGCGCCCGCCCGCCCGCGCCCCGCGCCGACCCCCGGCCGCUGAGCGAGCCUCGGCUGCCCGCUGUCGUCAUGAAGGAGAUGCAUCCGUUCAUUAAGAACCCCAUUUCGUCUCCAGCGGACGACCCCGCCAACAGAGCUGCGCUGGCGCACUACCGCGCUACUGGAUGUCGGAUCGUCGCCGACGCACAUAAAAUGACCUGCCCUCUAUACAAGCCGUCGGUAGUAAAAAAGAACCACAAACAGCUGGAACCUGAUUCAGUACCACUCGAGAAACAGGAGAGUGAACCACUCGACCCCCUUGCCCCGGAGAACCAUCAGAGAAUGAGUUUACUGUUAUACAGUUACAGCAACAAGUCCGCUAAUGUACCCGACUUCUGUGUAAAUCCUUGGAUUGUGACAAUGGAGAUGUAUGGACGCCACGACAUAUCGCUCGGCGCUUUUUUGGAGAAAUACUGCUUCAAUCCUGACUACAAAUGUCCUUCCACCAACUGUCAGGUGCCUAUGAACCAGCAUAUUAGAAGAUUUGUUCACGGCGACGUGUGUAUCACAAUAUCUUGCAACACCGUGGGUCACAGCAAUGUGGACAAAGUGAAGGAGGACACGAACAAACAGGUGAGGUUCUGGUCGCGCUGCCAGCGCUGCGGCGCGCGCGGGCGGGCGGUGGCGCUGUGCGCGCGCGCGCUGGCGCUGUCGCUGGCGGGCUACGUGCGGCUGCGCGCGCGCGCCGCCCGCCCGCGCCGCGCCUGCGCGCACCCGCUGCACGCGCACGCGCACGCCUUCUGCGCCGGCCUCACCACCGCCGUGCUCAGGUACGACAAAAUCUCGACAUUCGACAUCGAGCUGCCGCCGGAGGUGAUAGCGACGAGAUACGACACUAAACAGAUGAGGGAAACGCUCAUACAGCAAUUGAACGAUCUGAUGCAUAAAGGUCAUGAAACCUUCAGCGGGGUUUCCGACAGCGAGGCGGAAACUGAUUACCAGACUUUCAAACAGCACAUGGAACAAAUUCACCUCGCGUUAACCGCGGACAGUCUCGGCGGGCACACCACGCAAGCGGCGGUAGUACGCAGUCUUUGGAGCGUGUCAGAUCGUAUUAUAACGGGAGAGAAGAUGCUGCGUGAUGCCCAGGACAAAUGGUCCAGUCCGGUCACCAAAACUCCUAAACCAACCGUCGAGACAGUUGAAGAAAAGGAGAGGGAAAAGUCUGACUUAGAAGAUUCCGCCGGGGAAAGCGUUGAAGGAACUACAUACAUGUUUGCAGAUAACCCGAAGGAAAUUGAGAAAGAACACACAUCUACAGGCGCCGAUGAAGAUGAAGAAAAGGGAGACAAGAAGACAGUGAGACAGAUUCUAUCUCAGCUACUGUCCAAUAGCCAACCUUCGCACCAGAGCGGUAUAAUAAUAUCUGGCGGGUGCGUGCCGGUGGUGGUGGCAGGCGGCGAGAUAGGCUCUGUCAUCGCCGCCACGCUCGCCUCCGUCGCGUACCAGCGCUCGUUGCGGGCAAGCGCUCAGCCGGAAUGUGAAGAUGUGGAGACAAGUACCAGCAAAGAAAAAAGUGACGGCGAGAAAUCUAACAAAACCAAGUCAAGCGAUCACUUCGAAGUUUUACUCAAGGACGGCCUCCUCUGCCGCGUUUACUACCCCCAACAGUUCCAGAAACUCAGGCACAUGCUGAUAGCGCCGCUGAAUUCGAACCCGCACAUCGCGGACGAGUUCGCCAACACCGGCGAGCGCGCCGCCGGGGACAAGUGUGGCUGUGAAGACGGCAAAACGGAAACGGGCCGCGUGUGCGACAUAGAGGAGGGCUUCGUGCGCUCCCUGUCGCGCUGCGUGCCGUGGGCCGCGCGCGGCGGGAAGUCCGGCUCUACGUUCUGCAAGACUCAGGACGACAGGUACGUGCUGAAAGAGAUGACGAAAGCGGAGUGGCAACAAUUUUUGGAGUUUGCGCCUCACUAUUUCAACUACGUCAUCAAUUGUCAUCAGAACAAACUGCCCAGCUUGUUAGCACGCAUUCUCGGGGUAUACAGCGUCGGCGGAGCAGGUAAUGGUGUGCUGGUGAUGGAGAACAUCUGGUACUCCUGCUCGCCCAACGCCAAGAGAUUCGACCUCAAGGGAUCGUCCAGACAUCGCCUCACUACUGACACACAGCCUCUAUCGGUGCUAAUGGACGAGAAUCUACUCAAUUUGCGCUGGGAGACACCAUUAUACGUUCAAUCGCACGUGGGCAGCGUCCUCUGGUCGUGUAUAGAGAGGGACACGGCUUUCCUCGCCCAACACGAAGUCAUGGACUACUCACUUCUACUGGGCAUAGACAAAGGGACACUCGUGCUUGGCAUUAUUGACUACAUCCGCACCUUCACAUGGGACAAGAAGCUGGAGCACCUGGUGAAGAAGAACCUGGGCUCCGGGCAGCCCACGGUGCUGUCGCCGGCCGACUACCGGCGCCGCUUCAGCGCCGCCUGCCGCAAGUACUUCCUGCAGUGCCCCGACCACUGGGACUCUGUCUACGCCGUCAACAACACUUAACAUUUUAUAGGAAGCUUAAAGUGAGAGUAGAAACCUUCAUUGGGACUAUGGUUAAAAGGUUUCGGAAGUUUUCUGGCUGGAAAUGAGUACCUCCUCCUUUUUUGAAGUCGGUUAACAAUAAUCCUACUACCCCUCUGGAAAGGCGUGAUUUUAUGUAUGUAUCUGAAAGUAGGUAAUAAUUUCCAAAGGUGUAGAAAAUAAUACUAGAAAAUGUAUUAUAAUGUUCAUAUAAAUAAAG